UACGCUUGUACCCCGUAUUUCCGCCUUCAGACCAUCCGACCCCCCGCGACCGUCUCCCAUGGCUCCCAUUAACCUGGACCCUUCGCGGGUGGCCCGCCCCAUGCUCGCCCGACACUCGUUGGACCUCGUCUCCUGCACCACCCUCCAAACCCUGUGGGCCGGGUACGGCCACAUCUGCGCCAUCACCGCCCGCGCCACCACCCCCGAAGCCGCCACGCGUCUCAGCGCGCUCUGCGGAGUGGCAUCGCAGGGGAUCGGGACGAUCUACCCGCUGAUCCUGAAGCUCAUUGCCCCGCCCCGGGGCACCACGGGCGCCACGGAAGAGGAGGGCCACCUGCGGAAGAUGUUCAGCUAUGAGGUGGAGCAGUGCUUUUACAGCGAGGUGGUUCCGCAGUUAGCGGACACCGUUGCUGUGGCCAGGUGCGUGGCGUCGACGCGAGGGAUGGCGGAGCGUGAGGCGGAAUUCCCAGGGCUGAUGGCCACCAUCAUGGUCGACCUGCGGCCCCGGUUUCCCGUGGCGGGCGGCCGACGGAGCGCGCUGAGUCCCACCCAGGUGCAUGGCGCGCUGGCCUGGUUGGCAGGGUUCCAUGGCGGCUCGAGGAAUCUGCGGCCGGAUAAUAAUUGGGAGGCAUAUGUUUUGCCGCCGCUGCAGGAAUCGCGGAGACGACAGACCCGUCCGGACGCUGGCAAUGGCUUGUGGCUCAACGGCGGGUACACGUACCUGGAGACUCGACGGAAGGAAUAUGCGGCUCUCGCGCAGGACACGGAAUCGGAGUGGUCCGAUGCCCUGUGCCGAGAGUCCGAUGGCGAUUCCAUGUCUGUGGCUGAGAUGGUGGCACUGGUCUUGAGUCCGUGUGGACGGCCAAUGGAGUCGUAUAUCCAUGGCGAUGUCAAGUCGGAGAACCUCUUUACCACCACGCAGGGUACUCAGGUAGCCUUCUUUGACUUCCAGUAUGUCGGGCUGGGACUGGGGGUCUGUGAUCUCGCGAAGCUGUUCACCUGCUCCGUCCCUCUGGAGAUGCUCGUCGAUGCCGGUGAGCCUUUGCCGGAGCAAUUGACGAUGCAGGCGGGAGAGAAGCGUCUGUUGGAAUGGUACCGCACCCGGCUCCUUGAGGGGGAAGCGUCGGACCCGUACCCAUGGGAGCUCUUCCAGCGGCACUGGGAGGUGGCAUUGGUGGACUGGUGCCGGUUCCAGGCUUCGUGGGGGUUCUGGGGGAAUACCGAAUGGCUCGAGGCCCGUGUAAGAUCCAUUCUUAAUGACCAGGAGUGGCGGGAUUGGUUGAAAGUGGAUAUUAGCAGUCGAUCGGGGUGACUCCUUGAGCUUUCUCUACGGCGCACCUAACACGAUGACCGUAAUAAACUCCGCUCCUCGGUGUCCUGGUCAUGGUCCUAUACAUCGUCUACAGCAUUCUUGUCCGGAACUGCCUCUUCAAUUCUCAAGCCUGAUCUGAUUCCCUCCAUUUGCCCAACCACCGGCGAGACCUCAGCCUCACCUGGCUUCUCACGUAACAUUAAACAGAAAUAUAUAACUCCACAGGAGGGGUCUGGGGACUGAGGAUCAUGGAUCUACUAGGUAUCAUGUAUCAGUACGGUAGAACGGCUGCCUAGUAAAGCACUGGUCAGAUUGGGUUAG